AUGCCGAAUAAAAACAAGAAGGAGAAAGAACCUGCAAAAUCAGGCAAAAGUGGGAAAAGUGGCAAAGAUGGACAAGAAAACCAAGAACAUGAGGUGUCAAACAAAAAAUCGAACAGCGCUCCUCCCCCAGCACAGCUAUCUAAAAUCAAAGUACCAGCACCACAGACAGUACUGAAAAAGGAAAAGCGGCAGAGUUCUUCAAGGUUUAAUGUUAGCAAUAACAGGGAGCUUCAAAAACUGCCAGCUUUAAAAGAUGUUCCUCCUGCUGAUCAAGAAAAGCUUUUUAUCCAGAAGUUACGACAAUGUUGUGUACUUUUUGACUUUGUUUCUGAUCCACUAAGUGACCUAAAGUGGAAGGAAGUAAAACGAGCAGCUUUAAGUGAAAUGGUAGAAUAUAUCACACACAAUCGCAAUGUGAUUACAGAACCUAUUUACCCUGAAGUAGUACAUAUGUUUGCAGUUAAUAUGUUUCGAACAUUACCACCAUCUUCCAAUCCAACGGGAGCAGAAUUUGAUCCAGAGGAAGAUGAACCAACUUUAGAAGCUGCGUGGCCUCAUCUACAGCUUGUUUAUGAAUUUUUCUUAAGGUUUUUAGAAUCUCCAGAUUUCCAACCUAAUAUAGCUAAGAAAUAUAUUGAUCAGAAAUUUGUAUUACAGCUUUUAGAGCUUUUCGACAGUGAAGAUCCUCGUGAAAGAGAUUUUCUCAAAACAACUCUUCACAGAAUAUACGGGAAAUUCUUAGGCCUGAGAGCUUACAUUCGGAAACAAAUUAAUAAUAUAUUUUAUAGGUUUAUUUAUGAAACAGAACAUCACAAUGGCAUAGCAGAAUUACUGGAAAUACUGGGAAGCAUAAUUAAUGGAUUUGCCUUACCAUUAAAAGAAGAGCACAAAAUAUUCUUAUUGAAGGUUUUGUUACCACUGCACAAAGUGAAAUCACUCAGUGUUUACCAUCCGCAGCUGGCGUACUGUGUAGUUCAGUUUUUAGAAAAGGACAGCACACUUACAGAACCAGUUGUAAUGGCACUGCUGAAAUACUGGCCAAAGACUCACAGUCCAAAAGAAGUCAUGUUUUUAAAUGAACUAGAAGAGAUUUUAGAUGUUAUCGAACCAUCUGAAUUUGUAAAAGUAAUGGAGCCUCUCUUCAGACAGCUAGCCAAAUGUGUGUCUAGUCCACACUUUCAGGUGGCAGAGCGAGCAUUAUACUACUGGAAUAAUGAGUAUAUUAUGAGUUUAAUUAGUGAUAAUGCAGCAAAGAUUUUACCCAUCAUGUUUCCAUCCUUGUACCGGAAUUCAAAGACACAUUGGAACAAGACAAUACAUGGCUUGAUAUACAAUGCUCUGAAACUCUUCAUGGAGAUGAACCAAAAACUGUUCGAUGACUGCACACAGCAAUUUAAAGCAGAAAAACUGAAAGAGAAGCUAAAAUUGAAGGAACGGGAAGAAGCAUGGGUUAAAAUAGAAAAUCUAGCCAAAUCAAAUCCCCAGUACCCAACAUAUAGUGACACGAGUUUGAUGAACAGUCCUGUUGCAAUGGAAACAGAUGGGCCUUUAAUUGAAGAUUUGCAGAUGCUGAAAAAGACAGUGAAAGAAGAGGCUUGUCAGGCACAGAAAGAUCAGAAAAAAGAUCGUCCUCUCGUGCGACGCAAGUCAGAACUGCCUCAGGAUAUCUAUACCAUGAAAGCCUUGGAAUCACAUUGCAGAGCUGAUGAAUUAAUAUCACAUGAUGGGCAUUAAACUAUUUACAGUGAAAUAUUAUUUUGAAGGAAAAGUUGUUUUUGUUUUUUUUUCUGGACUCAGUUCUACAGUAGAACUUACUUUUUUGUGCCAUACCAAUCAGUUACACACAAAGUCAAAGCUUUCUUCAACCCAGUUCUGUAGGCAAUAACUUAAUAGAGUAUGCAGCUCAAGAUUAGUAGUUCAAACAAUGGUAAAUUACCCAAUUCCAAAUGCAGAAUGUCGGGUUGACUAUAAUCAAGUGGACACAAUUUCCUGGAGGUGUUAUCAUAGUACCAGCUAGCUGAUAACGUAGUUUUUUAUCUUCAUAUUUGAGAAGAGCAUUCUAUGAACUAUUUCCACCUAAAGAAAUGAAUGACCAAUCGUUGGUACUGAUGAUAAACGUGUAUUUUCAAAAGCAAAAUUAUUUCAGAUUUAAUUAAUAAACUUUUUGUAGGAUUUCUCAACUUUAUAGUUGUUUCCACGUUAUUGCUGUCUUGUAAUAUACCAGCAGUUUUGAAAAUACACAAUUGUUCUUUCAUACUAUAAAACAUGGCUUACAAACUGAUAACUUUCACGACAAUCCUCAAUCAUGAUUUCUUUCUAAGAAUUAUGUAAUUUUUUUUCUCCUUUACUUAGGAUAAAGAUAUAGAUCUAUAUAUUCCAUGUCCUAAUACUUUAUGUAUAUUUAAAGCCAUAUUUUCCAGUCUCUAGUAUAUAAUACGGCACCAGUAUUUGAGAUAUGAACUGGUAAAAGAAUUUUUCCUAAAAUGAAAAUUUGUUUACGAUGACUGGGAAUAGAUUGAAUAUAAAAUUUCAUUUUAAUUUUUUUUCCAAGUCAAUAAAAUACUCUUUCACUGUUUUCUCCCUUAUCUGAGCUUUUAAUACUCAGCAUUUUUCUUGGGCUCUAGGAGUUCAGUAUUCCAUGGCAGAUAUUGUGUGUCAUUUCAGCUGCAUCAGUUUUUAUCUGAAAGAUGAACGUAGCCUUUCAGGAAACAAAACAUUACAAGCUUGUGUAAUUAAGUAAAAUGAGAAAAAGAACAGACCCUUGAAUUCCAUUCUGCUUCUUUUUUAAGAGUCUAAGAGCUGAGGGGAUAGUGACCAUAAUUUUACCGUGAAAAUAUUUUUUGUUGUAGUUGUAAAGAGCAUAUUUGCUGCAAAUACACCUCACAAGUGAACUGAAAAUGCAUCUGAAUUGCUGAUGAUCUUCAAAUGCUGCUAUAUAUUCCACAAGAUUACUUGCAUGUAAUGAGCUUUUUGUUGUAGAUGGAAAAGCACGGGAGGAAAAUCUCUUUUAAAAUAUAGUGCUUUGUCUUCAAUAUUUGAUUUCUCUCAGGGUGGCCAGUAUUUUGACUUACUUAUCCUGCUUACAAGCUGUUUGAAAUGUGUUCUGCUAUUCUAAGUGGGUGGUUAGUUUCUUUUGUCUCUGGCAGUAACAUGAUAUAACUAUGUUUAAUGUCUUGAUGCAUAAAGAGAUAAAAACGUGGCUUCUUUAAAAAUAGUUUUGUUUUAUUUUUUAAGGAAGUAUAACGUCUCCUGCAUCCAUGAAAAUAUUGCGCAAAGCAGACAUUCAUAGUAACCUUGUGCAGAUGUAGUGCCUGCUGUUUGUUGGUUGCAUUUAACAUACAAUUUCCAAUAUUUGUUACGUUGUCUAUUGGAAGAAAAUUGUCGGUGGUAAACAUUGGCUUACAACAACUAAAUUUAAAGACCAACCCAACCUUUAAGUGGAACGUCCACUGCGUCUGAAAACAUUUCCUGUAAAACUUGAAAAAGAAUAUGCUUUACCAUUAGGAUAAACUAUAUUAAAAGAAGUUUAAAGAUGCCUUCUCCUUUUGAGGGAAAAAGGGUGCUUUUUUAAUUGUGUAAAGCAAUGUCUAUGUAUUUUGAUAUACCAUUGUUUGAACUUCCAUCUUUAGCUGGUAGAUUAUCAGUUACCUUUGAUUUUGGGUGUUCAGUAUGUUUGUGCAAGAGGUUGCUGAAAGGAAUUAUUCUUAUGUUACCCAAGGGAAAAAAAAAUGUAUAUCAAUAUUUGAUUGAUUGUGUGAUGCUCAACGUAUAAGAACAUCUUUCACUGUCUAGAUUUAAUUUCUGUUCUUUAUUGAAGAUAAACACUCACCAAAAAGGGAAAUGUUUAGAGACUUAAAUUUCACCAUAAAUUCGUAUUUGAAGUUUGGGCCACUGGACAUUUGUUUAGGCACAUUCCAAAUCUAUUACCACUAAUGGUUUAGGAUGUUUAUUAUCAAUAUUUAUAUACUUAUAACCCUUUAUUAAACCAUUCUAAAACUAAUAUAUCCAAAAUAAAAAUUUAAAAAAAGUAGAAUUUUGGUGACUGUUGUUCUUCAUAAAGUUCUAUGUUUGACACCUUUUCCUGUUCUCCAAAAUUACACCUGUACAUCAGGAAUGUCAAAAGUAAUAUUACAAGUGUCUUUUUAGUGUGGCUUUAGUAUGGCUUCAUUUUAAUAUUGUACAUACAUUGUACCUUGUUUUAUGGUAAUAAGUAAUAAAAAUGUAGACUUCAUAUUUUGUACAGAAUCGUCCUAUGUACAGAAUAAAAAGUUCCUAGAAACAGCAAAAAUAGGUAAGUGGAACAAUUAUUUUUCAUUAGACAAUUUCUGUAACACUGUUAGUGGAAUGUUAAGUUCAAAUGUACCUACAUAUUUUUUAACAUUUUGUAAUUCAAUUUUUUGUUCUGGCAUUGUUUCUGAAGAACUUCAUACACCUGCCAUUUAAUAUGCUUUUAUCUAAUUUUAAAACAAAACAACAAAAAAGUGGUGUAUUAUAUGGACAAAUAAAGAACAUGUGAAUUUUA